AUGUCUUCCUCCACCAUUCCCACGUCCACCUCCGUCGUCGAGAGCGCCGUCAUCAAGGCCCCUCUCAGCCAUGUCUGGCACUUCAUCAAGCUUCAGAACUUCCAGAACUUCUGGUCGGCCCUGAAGGGAAGCGAGGCCGUCAAGGCCCAGGAGGAGACCGACGUCGUCCGCUGGACCUUCAAGGAUGGCACCGUCCUCGAGGUCAAGCAGGAGGAGCACAGCACCAUCAACCACUACAUCACCUACAGCGUCAUCACCUCCCAGCCUGAGCUGUCGUACACCAGCGUCGUCAGCACCAUCCGCUGCUACCCCGUCACCUCGGGCGAGAGCGAGAACAGCACCUUUGUCGAGUGGACCGGCAACUUCUCCAGCGAUGCCGACGCCGGUGUCAUCCAGGACGCCAAGUUCAAGCGCCGCGAGGCCCUCGCCGACCUCGCCAAGGCCGCUGCCAAGUUGUAA